UUCACACACUGAGACUGAGGAACAUGGUUCCUGUUGUCCUCUUCUUCCUCCUGCCACUCGGCUACGCAGUUAACCAGACGGCAGACGUCUUUUCGGAAGAGGGACGCGACGUGACCCUGGCGUGUUCCCAGAGGAACACCGACUUCAACAGCAUGUACUGGUUUCGGCAGAGGCCCGGCGAGGGGCUGGAGCCGAUCGUGCAUUUCUACGUCCAGAUGGAGACGAUGGAGGAGCGGCUGAAGGAGAGGUUUUCUGCCGCGCGCGUCGGCGCCUCCCUGACGCUGACUCUCCGCGGGGCGCGGCUGAGCGACAGCGGCGGCGUGUACUUCUGCGCGAAGCAAGAGUGCCAGAGAGACUCUCUUCAGGUCAUCCUGCCGUGCUGUUCUUCUCUCUCGAGCAGUAAGAGAAUCGACAUGACCAGCUCUCUCAUCAGAUUCGCUGUCACACUGCUAUGGGCCACUGUCCUUUGCCUUGAAGUCCGGCAGUCUCCCUCGCUGCUGUGGCUGACGCAGGGCCUGGACGAGCCCGCGGAGAUGCGGUGCGAGCACACGGACGUCAGCUACUAUCAGAUGUACUGGUACCGUCAGCUCCCCGGACGGGGCCUCCAGCUGGUGGUGCUGUCGGACACCCUCAACGCGCCCGAAUUCGGGGAGUUCGGCGGGGGGAAGUACGGCGUGGCCAAAUCCGUCGCCCAGGAGGGGAGUUUCACGGUGAAGGAGCCGGCGCCGGAGGACAGCGGGCUGUAUUUCUGCGCCGCCGCCAGUCACAGUGACUCAGAUUGGAAAUCUUGA